AUGCUCAUUGAUGCUGGCGCUGAUGGUUUGAGAGUUGGAAUGGGAAGCGGAUCAAUUUGUAUCACACAGGAUAGUGAGUGAUUGAGAAAAUGACAAUUUUUCAGCUGAAAUUCUCAAUUUCCAGCCAAAAAUUCAUGAUUUUUGGCUGAAAAUCCAUUUUUUAGCUGAAAAUUGAGCCCAGAAGCUUUGAAAACUGCAAAAAAUCUCAAAUUUUUAUUCAAAUUAGCUUUGGAGCUCAGAAAAUAGCUGAAAAUUCAGAAUUUUGAUUCAAAUGAGCUCUGGAGCUUCAAAAUAAAAUAAGGUUUUGAACUCAAAAAAUUGCUGAAAACUCAGAAUUUUCAACUGAAAGUGCUCGAAUUUUAUCCAAAAAAUUGUCCAAAUUUUAUACGUUUCAAACAUUUUUAAAAUAUGCUUGGUUUUUGAAAUGUAUUAUGAUUUUCUCGCAUCUGAGCUAUUGUCAUAAAAUUAACCUGAAAAUCAAUUUUCAGAUUUAAUUUUAGCCGAUAAGCUCCAAAAAAUGCUCAAAACUCAAAUUUUCAUUCAAAUGAGCUCAGGAGCUCCAAAAAAUGCUCAAAAUCUUAAUUUCCAGUUAUGGCAGUCGGUCGAGCACAAGGAACCGCAGUCUACGACGUCGCUCGCUACGCCAAUCAAUUCGGCGUUCCAGUCGUUGCCGACGGCGGAAUUCGCGACGUCGGCUACAUCACAAAAGCCAUCUCAUUGGGUGCGAGUGUUGUUAUGAUGGGCGGAUUGUUGGCGGCGACGACAGAAGCACCUGGCGAAUAUUUUUGGGGUCCGGGAGGAGUUCGAGUGAAGAAAUAUCGAGGAAUGGGAUCGUUGGAUGCGAUGGAAGCGCAUGCAUCGAGUCAGGAUCGAUAUUUUACAAAGUGAGCACGAUUUUUGGCUCAAAUUUGAGCUCUGGAGCUUGAAAAUUCACCGAAAACCGGUUUUCAGCAUGAAAUUGGAGUCCAGGAGUUUCAAAUCUCUUCUGAAAAUCGAUUUUUUGGCUCAAAUUUGAACUCUGGAGCUCGAAAAUUCAUUGAAAACCGAUUUUUGGCUCAAAUUCGAGCUCUGCAGCUUGAAAAUUCGCUGAAAAUCGAUUUUUGGCUCCAAUUUGAUCCCUGGUGCUCUGAAAAAUGCUCCAAAAUCGUAAUUUUUACCAUAAAUUUGAGCCCUGGAGCUCUGAAACAUAUCAAAAAAUCGAUUUUCAGCUUCAAAUUUGAGCCCUGUAGCUCUGAAAAAUAUCAAAAAAUCGAUUUUUGGCUAAAAUUUGAGCUCUGGGGCUUUAAAAUUGUGAAAAUUAGAAUAAAAUGAGCCCUGGAGCUCUGAAAAUCACGAAAAUCCCCCCAAAAAUGCACAAUUUUCAGAGAAACCGAUCAAAUCAAAGUUGCUCAAGGAGUUUCAGCCACAAUGAAAGAUCGAGGAUCUUGUCAUAAGGUGAGAUGGAUUUUUGAUGAGCUCUGGAGCUCGAAAUUGUGAUUUUUGGCGGAAAAUUGAGUCCAGAAGCUUCAAAAAAUGCUCAAAAUCUCAAAUUUUCAUUCAGAUGAGCUCCGAAGCUCCGAAAAAUGCUGAAAAUUCAGAAUUUUUAACUGAAAAUUGAGCUCUGAAACUCUGAAAAUCAGAUUCUAAUAAGCUCCGAAGCUCAGAAAAUAGCUGAAAACUCAGAGUUUUCAACUGAAAAUAUCGAAUUUUAUCCAAAAUAUUGUCCAAAUUUUAUACGUUUCAAGAAUUUAUGAAUAAUGAUUGGGUUUCGAAAUUUUUGAUAGUGCUACUUAGUAGUUUUGAAAAUGUACCUGAAAAUCGAUUUUUGGCUUGAAUUUGAGCUCUGGAGCUCCAAAAAAUGCUGAAAAUUCAGAAUUUCUAACUGAAAAUGUCCUCAGACCCCUCCAAAAUCCUCAUUUUCACCUAAUUUUCUUUCUAGUUCAUCCCAUAUUUAAUUCGCGGAGUUCAACACGGUAUGCAAGACAUCGGAGUUCAAUCGCUUCGCGAAUUGCGCGAAAAAGUGGAUGGUGGAAAGAUUCGAUUUGAAAGAAGAUCGACGAAUGCACAAUUGGAAGGCGGUGUACAUUCGCUUCAUUCGUGAGCCAUUUUUUUGAGAAAGUUGUGAUUUCUAGGAGCUGAAAAUCGAGAAAAUUGAUGAAUUUUGAGCUAGAAACCUGAAAAUUUGAAUUUUUAAACCUGAGUUUGAAAAACUCGCGAAAUUUUGACCUAACUUUCAUAAAAAUCAAAAAUUUCCACAUCAUAACCCAAAAAUUCAAAAAAAAAACUGAUUUUUGAUCUGAAAAUUGAGGAAAUUUGUGAUUUUCAGAGCUAAAAACCUGAAAAUUCAUGAAUUUUGAGAUGGAAACCUGAAAAUUUAAAGUUUUUUUCUAAAUUCAAAAAAAUCGCUAAAUUUUGAUCCGAAUUUCAUAAAAAUCAAAAGUUUUCCACACAAACACCUGAAAUUUCAAUGAAAAACUGGUUUUUGAUCUGAAAAUCGAGGAAAUUUUUGAUUUUCAGAGCUAAAUGCUGAAAUUUGAUGAUUUUCGAGCUAGAAUUCAUAAAAAUUGGAGUUUUUGACAUAGAAAUUCGAAAUUCCGAGACAAAUCUAAAAUUUUGACCUGAAUAUUUGAGAAAUUUGUAAUUUUCAGAGCUAAAACCCUGAAAAUUGAUUAAUUUUCAUCUGAAAACCUGAAAAAACCCAAAAAUUCCAGAAUAGACGCAAAUUCUCGACUUUUUCAUUAUCAACCCAAUGGUAACACAACUUUUUUAAAGGAUUUUCAAAAAUUAAUUAAUUAAUUUUUAAUUAAUUAUUUUAUACACCUAGUAUUUGUGGUCGUCUUCACCUCUUUUUCUCUUCAAACUUCUACUUUUCACAGAAAAAUGUUCGAAAAUCGCAGUUUUCGAAAAUUGAAAUUCUCAAGAAAAACUGUGCCAGGAUUGCAGAAAAUUAGGCCACGCCCAUUUUUGGCAGAAUUUCAUUAAAAAAGGUGUGCCAGACUUGCAAAACUCGAAAUUUUAAUUUUAAAACAUUCCCAUGCCGCAAAACUGCAUAAAAUUAGGCCACGCCCCCUUUUUUUCACCUAUAAAAAUUUCCUGUAACUUCUAAACAUCUUUUUUUCCCGCCAAAAUUUUCAAAAUUCAAAUUUUUUUUGCAGAUUCGAGAAACGGCUCUAUUGA